AUGAAUAGCGGCAUGCUAUAUGGCGGAGACGAAAUCGGGGCUUUGGUGUUCGACUUGGGGUCGCAAUCGUUUCGAAUAGGUUAUGCCCAAGAAGACACACCGAAAGCAGAAAUACCAGCAGUGGUCGGUGUCUCGAGCGAUGGUACAGCGGACACUAGUAUGUUAGAACCUGGCGCUAAACAAAGUAAUCGCAUCAACGAGAACACCAAACAUUUCAUCGACGUUAACUCAUUGUGUGUCCCUCGGAAAGGUAUGGAAGUUGUAAGCUACAUGAAAGACGGCAUGAUCGACGAUUGGGAUUUGUUUGAGAAAAUAUUGGAUUACUCUUACUCAAAAUGCUUACAAACAGAAUCACAGUAUCAUCCGGUAUUAUUUACCGAGUCACCUUUGAAUAUCAGAUCUAAAAGAGAGAAGUUGGUAGAAUUAAUGUUUGAAAAGUAUAAUGUGCCGGCCACUUUUCUGGGAAGAAAUGCUGUAUUAGCUGCAUUCUCUUGUGGUCGUUCUACUGGUAUUGUGGUAGACAGCGGAGCAACACAUACUUCUGCCAUCCCUGUACAUGAUGGUUAUGUUAUACCUAGUGCUAUUGUCAAAUCGCCUUUAGGUGGGGACUUCAUUAGUAUGCAAUGUAGACAGUUCUUAAAAGAUAAUGAAAUUGAAGUAGUUCCACAUUAUAUGGUUGCACAGAAAGAACAGGUUAAAGAAAAAGACAAGCCAGUAUGGACAAAGAAACAUACACUCCCUGAAGUAACAACUUCGUGGCAUAAUUAUAUGUGCAAAGCAGUUAUUCAAGACUUAAAGCAUUCUAUAUUGCAAGUAUCUGAAGGUCCCUAUGAUGAGAGAAUAAUAUCAGCUCUUCCGACUUCUCAUUUUGAGUUUCCUAAUGGCUACAAUCAAGAAUUUGGCAAUGAAAGAUUCAAAAUACCAGAAGCUUUAUUUGAUCCGAGUGCUAGUAUGGGUGGUUCUAUGUUGGGUGUGAGUCAUAUCGUUACCACAAGUGUUGGAAUGUGUGAUGUGGAUGUAAGGCCAGCCUUAUACAAUAACGUUAUUGUCACUGGAGGAAAUUCGUUUUUACAAGGUUUCCCCGAAAGAUUAAACCGGGAUCUUUCUGCUCGUAUACCAGCUAGCAUGAGAUUAAAAUUGAUAGCACCUAAUGGAUCCACUGAAAGAAGAUUUGGUGCUUGGAUUGGUGGUUCAAUAUUAGCAUCUAUUGGAACGUUUCAACAAAUGUGGAUUAGUCAUCAAGAAUUCAAAGAAGGAGGUAAAAGUCAAAUUGAUCGCAAGUGCCCAUAA